AACAAUGUUAACUUAUGCUGUUAUUUUUAGAAAUUUAAUGUACUUGAUUAUUUUUCGUUAUGUCUUUUUCUUCUGUUUACAGGUGACGCCGGCACUCUUAUUAUCUUUGAAUGAUAAGUAUGAUGCAGCGGAACCAAGACAAUUGGCCGAUAUCGCUGAAGAAGUAGACAUUAUCAUACCGAAUGAAAGUCGACAUCCGCGUUACUCGCAUGCUCCUGAGAUGAACUUUGGUGUAUGGAGGAAAAAUUCUUGGGUCACCAAGUCGCUACGUCAGAAACGCUCGACAGCUCGACAACGAUACGUGCGUACUGCAAUGGUCAUCACGCCACGAGACUUCACAGAUGCUCUAAUAAAUUGGCGCAAAUCGGCGGAGAAGCCUAACAAUUUUACUAAAAUUCUUAAUCAAAUUGAUAAGUUACAGUAUCAGAAUUCAUCACAAAAUGUAUCGCGGGAAGUAAGGGAGCUCAUAGUAGAUGACAAUCGAUUCCUUACAGACUCCGAGGAUCCAAACAAAAGUUGGCAAUCACAGGAAUAUAUUACAAGGGAAAUGGAAGAUGUAUUUUUGCAGGGUGCUAGUCAAGCAUUGACAAGAUACGUCGAACGCCAAUUGCAUCCCGCAAUCAAAGAGACAUUAAUGUUAUCUAUGGGCUAUACUAUCAGUUAUGGAUAAACUCGUGAGAAUAUUGAAUACAGAGAGAUUGUAAUUACAUAGUUGAAUAUUAGAUACAUUACACACAUAUAAUAUUAAAACAUAAAAAUAUCAGCUGGACUUCCUUCACUUUUAAAAAUUGUUAA